AUGUAUGCCGUCGUGUUUCUUACAAUUAUUUCGCAUGGAUUAUUUCUGAUAUCCGCCGAGAAGGAUGCGUGUUACUUAUACGGAGCAGUUGGACAAACGAUGGAAUUUCCGUUUGUCUACAACCAGCUGGCCAACACAGACAUACUGAGCUGGACUCACAACGGCACCAUUGUUUUUAUCCGGGAGCAAGCGAAAGUAUUGGUCGGAAAGCCUGAAGAUGUUUCUAAGACUGGCUCUCUUCUGCUGAAGAACCUGAAGCUCUCCAGUAGUGGCUUAUACCAGGCCACUGUGCGCCACCCGAAUCGUACCUUGGUGGCGGCGUGGACCGGACGCCUCUGCACGAUAGACAAGGUGUCACAACCGCGGAUUGGUUACAUCUGCGACGCUAAGACGGGGUUUGUCAAUCUAAGCUGCCAUGUGGACAAUCCCCACGAUUUAACCUUCUCGUGGACCAUUGACGAAAUCAAUUUAUCCAGUGCGACCAAGCAGACUUUGAAUGUAUCACUGGACAAAAAGAAGAAUUUCGUAUGUAAGGCGAAGAACAGAUUUGGCAUGGAGAAGACUGACACCAUUCGUCCAGUCUGUAAAAAUUUACCACCGACUUCACCAGCACCCGUUCUGCUUUGUUUUACAUCAAUAACAAUUAUAGCAGCACUAGCGGGAGGAGUGGCUCUGUUUCUUCUUCUGCUCGUUGUCAUUGCCAUGAUGUGUCACCGCCUCGGACGUAGCAAAACUGACAUGCGUGUCUCAGACAAAGGAGAUUUUAGGAUGGUUUCUAUACGACAGCAGAUACCUGAGCUCAAUGGCCCAGAUUACGAGACCAUGAACCCCGCGGACUUUCCCAUGGCUUCAGUUCCAGAGCCUUUACCCAGAAUUGGUCAUACGAGCGCUUCUACGCCUAGUGAAAGACUUCCACAGAUGGUCCAAGCUGCUGCCAGAGACCCCUCACCAGUGCCAAAACCCAGAACCAAGAACCCACAGACACCACAGUCGUGA